AUGUAAGUAUCUAAUAUCAGUGAUUUGUCUGACAUCAUCAAGGAGGCAGAGAAAGUUUACACCUUUAGAAAAUUAGUGGAGGAAGAUGCUGAACAACUAAUGGUAUUAAUGACUGAUGCGUUUGUACAUCAUAAUGAUGCAUUUUUGAUUUUAGAUUCAAUAGAUUCAGAUAUGAGUAGUAAAGCAAUUCUUCAAGAAUAUUUGUUGAUGAUUAAGGAGAAUCUAUCUUUUGGAGCAUUUCAUGGAGAUAAGCUAGUCUCAGCAUGUUUAAGUUACGAUUUGCAACGCAAGUCAGAUAUGAAUGUAGAUUCCGGGGUAGAGUCCACAGAAGCAUAGAAAGAAAUUGCAAAUAUGCUCAGUAGUUUGCUUGGUUAAUAUGGUGAUACAAAAAGUCUUCCCAAAAAUGAAAUAUGUUAUUUGAGUCAUUUGGCAACAUUUUCUGAUUACUGCAAACAACACCUGGCCUUGAUAUGUUCCUAUUUAUCAGUCCUUGAAACUAGAAAAUAAGGAUUUUAGAAAAUGCUAACAAGCUGUGGACAUGUGGCUACUUUUAAGGUGUUCACAAAAAUAUUUAAGGAGUAUGAAUAUGUCAAAAUAAUUGAAAAACUUAAAGAUAAACCUUUAUUUAUGAAAUCGGUGAUAGCAACAAUAACCCCAUAAUGA